AUGACAACAACUCCAACUGCACCUACAUCGAAUAUGGAUCAGAAAAAAGAAUACCUAUUCAAAGUUCUUGUUAUUGGCGAAUUGGCUACCGGAAAAACUGCGCUCGUCAAACGUUAUGUUCAUAACUUCUUCUCUGAACAUUAUCGAGCAACUAUUGGUGUUGAUUUUGCAUUAAAAAUUGUCAAAUACGAUGAUGAUACCGUUAUUCGGCUUCAACUCUGGGAUAUUGCAGGUCAAGAACGUUUUGGUAACAUGACUCGUGUUUAUUAUAAAGAAGCGGUGGGUUGUUUUAUUGUUUUCGAUGUUACACGAGGGUCAACUUUUGAAGCAGUUACUAAAUGGAAAACGGAUUUGGAUAAUAAAGUUCAAUUGCCUGAUGGAAAUCCUGUACCCUGUGUAUUACUUGCUAAUAAGUGUGAUUUGGCUAAAGAAGGUUUAGUCAAUAACGCUCAACAGAUGGACGAAUUUUGUCGAGCAAAAGGAUUUGCUAAUUGGUUUGAAACAUCAGCUAAAGAAAAUAUUAAUAUUGAAACUUCAGCUCGGUUUCUUAUCAGUGAAAUCAUGAAACAUACUGAACAAUUACAACCACGUUCACCAGGCAGUUAUGGACGCAGUGAUACACUUAACAUACCAGGUAAACCAGAUGAAAAACCGAAAAAUGAGCGCACAUGUUGUGGUGGUGGCAGUGGUAAUGAUUCUGGUGAUAGCAAAAGUUAA